UUGAAGCACAGCCAGUGUGUGUGUGAGAGAGAGCAAACUGCUGAGUGCCGGAACUGACAUUCAAACAGACUGAGGGAGGAAACAGUUAAAUGCCAAACUGCAGCAGGCAGUGAGUGAGUGAGUGAGUGAGUGAGUGAGGAGUGUAUAUCUGCGCUCAGCUCUGAGAGUCUGUUGCAGUUUCUUCAAAGGCCGUGGAUCCCAGUAUCUGAUUCCCAAGUUCGGGAAAAGUUUGGGGAAUUGUGCAGAGAUUUUCACCCGACUCUAUGGCUCCAGCUCACAAGUGUUGAGGCGCUGCUGCUUUGGAAGUGCCUCCACUGACCUGCAGCUGUUGCUGGAAACCGGCUCACAGGGCGGAGGGGUCAAGGGUCAGAGUUCAGGCUGCCAAGUCAUCCAGCUGCUUUUUGACUGUCAGAGGGAAGGACGCACACAGGAUGUCUCUGUUUGUCACAGAUAACAACAACCUGCCGUCCGUACCCCUUUCCAACAGCAUUUGUUAGUUCGACCUUUUCGCCUCUUCAGAAUUCGGUGACAGUCGGAAAAUGGAUUCAAAUUCAGGAACUCUCAGUGCCUUGAUUGGAUGGCCAGACCCUCCUAACGUUCCCUACUCCUUCCCCUGUCGACUUCAGACAGCUAUGACCUCUACGCUGUUGGACUUUAACCUCAUGGACACAGGCCAGGAGGACAUUGUUGUGAACCGCUGUGACCUGGAGGUGGAAGGAAAGUAUCAACUCAUUCCAUCUAUUAUCUGUGCCAUGUGUUGCCUUUUUGGGGUCAUCUACUGCUUCUUUGGCUAUCGUUGUUUCAAGGCCGUCAUGUUCCUCUGUGGACUGAUGUUUGGCUCUAUCAUCAUUUUCCUGCUGUGUUAUAAGGAGCGGGUUCUGGACAUUCAGCUGAGCAUGGAGGCCAGCGCUGGUAUUGGUCUAGGCAUCGGAAUCCUGUGUGGACUGGUCACCAUGCUUGUCCGUAGUGUUGGCCUCUUCAUGAUUGGCCUAGUCCUUGGCCUGUUGGUAGCAACUGUCACCCUCAUUGUGAUGGAGCAGUUCUACCACCCGCACACCAUCUGGGUUCCAGUGGGGCUUCUUAUUGGUGUUGGGAUGCUGUUUGCCGUCUUAACCUUACAGUGGCAAAAGCUCUUCACCAUUAUCUCCACUGCAGUUUUUGGUGGUGCCAUCAUUACAUUGACUGUGGACUAUUUCAUCGAGCUGUUUAUGUUGGCACGGUAUAUCUAUGAGAGGCUGAAGAUUGCUCCUUCACUGCCCAUUUGUUGGUACAGUUGGGUGAUUCUUGCCAUCUGGCCAGUGCUGAGCAUACUGGGGAUUCUGGUCCAAUGGAAGCUUACAGCUGAAGGCUAUUCACACACCGAAGUCAUUAUCAGUAAACGACAAAAACGAGUGCAGUUGAUGAGAAUACGACAGCAAGAAGCAAAGAAACGACAGAGGGCAUCUCAGGCAGAGGGCACAUAUCGCAGGAAGCCAUACCCAGUCAAACGGUACACGGGAGACAUCCUUUCACCGAGCUACAUCCAGAGUAUUCGAGACCGGCAGACAGCAACAUCCAUGAGCAGUCUGAACACAAACAUUCACACCAUUGUGGAUCUGGAUUAUGACUGUGGUUCCACUGUCCCACUCACAGCCACAACCCCUGUAGUCACAGCAUGAGCUAGUCACCAUCGCCCAGCGAGUGCUGGUCAAGGUUAUUAGUGAACAACCAGUUUAUUUAGCUCCCAGCAGGUGACAAGUAGAUAACAUGUUGACACUCUAGCCAGAAGUCUCCAUACACCAUGGUCUAUUUGUGUGUGUGUGUCUCUCUCUCUCUCUAGGAAUCACAGUUCCUGCAAGUGUGAAUAAAUCUCUUGAGUCUGCUCAUUUGUUACCUGCUUGAGUAUGUUUUCAGCAGUCUGGCUGAAAGCACCUACUGGCCAGAAGAAAUGAUGCCUCUGCUCAACAGGCACCUCACCCUCUGCUAAUGAAAGCGUGCUUGGCAUGGGAGUGGCACUUCGCCAGUCAAAGAAAUGUAUGCCUUUGUGACCGAGCAGAGAAAGCUGUGUGCCCCAUGUACACAAAGAAUAAUCAGGACAAGUAUGCAGCUCAUUUGUGACUUUGCAUUCAGCCUGUUGCAGGCUGUGUGUUUUCUAAUUUGCCUAUUACUCACUCUGAACAGGUUGUUAUCUUUGGGCCACUGGUGUGGCUGCCAAAAUUCACACUGAACUUCUUUUUAAGAAACCAUUUAACAUGUAACCUAUUCAAUUACUUGUUUUAAAGCCCAAAUAAUUUAAUAGCCUUGACUAGCAGUUUACAUGUCACUAUUCAGUGUGAGCACAAUUGGCCUUUUAAGCAGUAAACUAUCUCACUUUAAUACUGUUCUUCAAAACCUGCCUCUAUAAGUCUAAUCCAGCAGAGAAAAUGGCCAAAUGUUUAAUAUAAAACGCUUUCACUUCCUUGAUUUUGACCUCUGGUUUUGUCUACCUGUGUUCCUCUGAAUACUGAUCAGAGAUUUAAGAGCGAUGAUGGUUUGUAAUGAGUACCUGUCAUUUCCCGUUUUCUCACCUUUACAAAUUCCAGACCUGCAUGAAUAAACAAACAUAAGAUUCAAAUAUCACUUGAAGAGCCAGGUUCUUGUCUUCAUUCCUAGAUGAAUGUGAAGAUCUCCAGUAACUCUUGAUCAUUCAAAUACUCUUUGCACCCUGAACCACAGCUCUCAGUUGAUGAAGGGUUAGGGCGAAGGACAGUCACAUUGCCUCUGUAAUGAAAUGAACUCUGGGCAGGAAUCUGUUGGAGAUAGACUGAUAGCAUUAUUUAUCUGUAUAUAAUUCAAAACACAAAAAUGUACUAGGUCUAAGGGGGAUAAAGACAAAGAAAAUGUACAUCUCUAUAGUGAAAAGACAAGACACAUUUGUACGACAAGUAAUAAACUCUCAUUUCUAAUUGACAGUAUUACAGUCUAGCCUAUACCUUGUUGAUGUUCAGCACACUCCUAUGAUUCUAUCUGCAUAGACUGCAUGUACCUUUUAGGUCAUUGUUUUUAAAAUUCAGCUCUUAUUUGUAAUGAAGGUAAGUGAGAUGAAAAGACAGCAAAAACCUCUUUAAACAUUUCAGCUAGAAAGACGUAUGAAUGGGCGUAAAGAAUAAGCAGGAGAGUGCAUUCAGCAUAGAAAACUUAAGUGGAGAAAAACAGCAAUGUAGGCUAUAGACAUAGUAGGAACUGCAGAUGCUGGAGAAUCUGAGAUAACAAGGUGUAGAGCAAGGUCCGAAACGUCAGCCUUCCUGCUCCUCCGAUGCUGCUUGGUCUGCUGUGUUCAUCCAGCUCUACACCUUGUUAUCUCUAAUGUAGGCGAUAUGCUGCUUCCCUAGAUUAAUCCUGACAGUUACUGAAAGAGAAGCGUAAAAUGCAAGGCCUUUUUCUGUGCUGAUGCAAAGUACUGUGGCAUGCAGUAUUUGCCUAGGUGAAGCAUUUCAGCAUUACUAGAAGGUUACUGGUGACAGUUCAGUGUAGGUGCUUAGUACAGAGCUGUCUGCAGUUCCCACUGCAGACUUUGGUGUUUUGUGACAGCUGGGUUCCAUUGUUCAGCCUCGAUCAUUGCAGCUCUUCAAAAUCUUGGGUUUUCAGUUCAUGUAACCAGCCAGAGAGGGUCAAACAUUUUUUAGGCUUUGAAUCUGCCAAAUUUCAGCAGGAAGAUGGGAGAGAAUGUGAAAGCAUUUGAGUUUCCUUCUUGAAAUUUCUCUUUUCAAACUACAUCCUAACAGCCUGAAACAUCUGGAGAAGCUUCUUUAGGUGAAUUUGCUUGUACAGAAUGCUCUCGGCACUUGGUUGAAUCUUCAAUCUCUUCAAGUUCCCUCAAUUCUUUCGACUUCCAGACUUGUUAGAGGACUAUUCUAUGGGUGCUAGUUGUUUUCUGAUGCCUGGUCCAAGAGACCAUCCUUUCUGACAAUAUACAACAAGAACUGCAGGAACUUCACAUCUGAACCCAGUCCGAUCAUCACCCUGAACUACACACACUCACACACAUAGACUAUGGAGGACUGUGAGGAACGGGCAGUCCUAAUUGUUUUUAUCUUCUCCUGCCUGGUGCAGAGGCAGUUAAGCUCAUCCAAUGUGCUGUGUUGAAAGUGAAACUCACUCCCACAAGGAUUGGUUAAAGGGAAUUGUAUAAAUACAUUUAAGUAGAACCUGGACAAGCAUAUGAGGAAGGAUGGGUAGAGAGUUAUAAUGAUGGAUUUAGAUGGAAUACAUUUGGAACAGCUCGUGUGGAGCAUUAACACCAGUCCUACAUAAUCCUUUGACCAUCCCAGUUGAGAUCAAGUUAAAUCUGACACAGAUUGGGGAAUGAAACCGUGGAUUCUCCUCUACCUUAAUCAGUACUGCGCUACACCAUCAGGAAACAUACCUGCCUGUGCUCAUAACAGACGUUGAAUAUCAUCAGUGACUUCUUGCAGGAUGUGGUUCCAUUUUUAUAUUGCAUCAAUAUUGAAGCUGAUGAUGAGCUAAUAUUACACACUAUUUCCCUGAAUUAAUACGUUUAUUUUGUUUAUAUCUUUUUUUUUCUUAACGAUGUUCCAUUUAUUCAAUGUGGAGAUUCUUUUCUGUAA